AGUAAAUGAUAAUAUAUGUUUUAUGCAGAACGUAAGCGACUUGAAUUUUUAAUCCGGGACCUGUUGCAAUUUCAACAUGGCAGCCGUCUGGAGGUAAAACUACAUACAAAGAUGAAGAUAGACAGAAAUAAGUUAAAAAAGUCUUCAACAGAUGUGCCUGCAGACUGCAGAGCUCUCAUUGAGAGGCUCAAGAAUGCAUCAGGGGAUACGCUGCUUACAGAAUUAAUAGCUCUUAAAAAUUCUACAUUUGUAAAGUGUGAACUUUUCCACUGGGCUGAUGUGCUAGAUAUAUUUGAUGAUGUACUGGAAAAAGCAUGUAAGAAAGAAACUGAGAAGUCCUGGACAUUGGCCUGUGACCUUCCAGAAAAUGCACAAUUGAAGACAUUGCUGUUACAAGUUCUGAAUUUCACAUCUACGCUAAUAGAGCACAGCUUCUCAAGGCACAUGUACAAUUCUAUGGAACAUUUGACUACACUGCUGGCAUCCUGUGACAUGACUGUGGUGCUUGAAGUGCUCAAUCUUCUCUAUGUGUUCAGCAAAAGAUCAAAUUUUAUAACUCGACUUGGCUCAGACAAAAAGCAAGGUUUGAUUGUGCACCUGACCCAUCUUGCUGAGAGUUGGGGAGGAAAAGACAACGGAUUUGGGCUUGCAGAGUGCUGUCAGGAUAAUCCAAUUUCUAGUUUUCCCGGUAGUGCUACAACACUGCAUUUUGAAUUUUACCAUGAAAAUCCAGAGGAGAAGAAUUCCAGAAAGGGUACUUCAAACAUUAUUACAUCUAUACAUAUAGAGAAUGUGGACCAGUACGACCAGUUACCUUCUCAGAUCAUGGAGGAGCUUGUCAGUAAAUACAGGAUACCAGAAAACAAACAGACACUGUUGUACACACAUAUUAGACUGGCUCAUCUGUUUACAAAGUAUGAAUGUAGAGUACAAUGUGUACAGGCACGGUUACAGUCCAUAGCUAUUUUAGUUUAUUCCAAUGCAAUGCAAGAGAACAUCAACUCACUGUUGUAUCCCGGCUUUAUUGAAGAACUUGUAGAUAUUGUAGAACUGAAGAAGGAAAAUUUAGUGGAGAUAAAAAGUGCUGCUUUAAGAACUUUGACUUCCAUAAUACAUCUUGAAAGAAACCCAAAAUUGACCAAUAUAAUAGAUGCAACAGGAGCAGGAUCAUACCAUGGUUUUCUUCCAGUUUUGGUCAGGAACUGUAUACAACAUAUGACAGAUGCAGAAUUGAAAGCAUUUCCACAGCCCUAUGCAACUGCCUUGUUCUCCUUUCUUUACCAUCUAGCAAGCUACGAAAAUGGUGUGGAAGCAUUAGUGUCCUGUGGUAUGAUGGAGUCUUUGCUCAAAGUCAUCAACUGGUAUGGAGAGGGACAUGAUCAUAUUACUUUUGCCACUCGGGCAGUGCGAGUUGUGGAUUUGAUCACCAACCUAGACAUGGCAGCUUUUCAGACACAGGGUGGGCUGACAGCAUUUAUCAACAGAUUAGAGCAUGAAGUUGGAAUCUGUAGACAGGUUCAGUCAUUCGAAAUCCGUCCACGUCAUCUGGACACGACUAUGGAGUUGCAGCCAGAAUCACCACCUCUUGCAAUGGAAACUGAUGCUGCCAGUCCGGAGCAUCACAGUGAUACUCCGACAAUGGAAGAUCAAGGUUCAAGCGUUGAUGAACCACAGCCUUCAACGUCUACUGGGAUAACAGGAGGCUCUAGUCAAACUACAUUACCUGACUACUCAGCAGCUAAAACAGGACGUCAGUGUUUUCCUCAGAGAGCGGCACUUCUCAAGUCAAUGCUAAAUUUCCUGAAGAAGGCCAUACCAGAUCCCUCAUUUUCUGAAAGUAUGAGGCACUUAAUGGAAGGUUCCCUGCCAAAAUCAUUGAAGCAUAUUAUCAGUAAUGCAGAAUAUUAUGGACCAUCAUUGUUUCUGCUUGCAACUGAUGUGGUGACAGUGUAUGUGUUCCAGGAGCCGUCACUGCUGUCCUCCCUACAAGAUAAUGGACUGACUGAUGUUGUCCUUCAUGCUCUACUCAUUAAAGAUGUGCCAGCUACCCGUGAAGUAUUAGCCUCUCUACCAAAUGUGUUCAGUGCACUGUGUCUAAAUGCACGAGGGUUGGAGUCAUUUGUACAGUGUCAGCCUUUCGAAAGAUUGUUCAAGGUUUUGUUGUCGCCAGACUAUCUCCCAGCAAUGAGGAGACGUAGAAGUGCUGACCCAUUUGGGGAUACAGCGAGUAACCUUGGUAAUGCUAUGGAUGAAUUAAUGAGACAUCAGCCUUCUCUACGCAUUGAUGCCACAAAGGCAAUUAUUAGGCUGUUACAAGAGGUAAACUCUUUGGGAAGGGACAAUAUGUACGUAUGUCAGAAGCCACAGCCAAAGACAGAGCAAAUGUUGUUCAACUUGCGCUCCCCACAGGCACAGGAUGGUGGCUCCUCUGAUGAGGAGGAUGAGGAAGAGGAGAUGGCCGCUGCUGGUAGUUCACAGACCCCACCUGUGGUAGAGGUAGCAGAAUCGAAGUCUACAGAACAAUCGAGUAGUUCAGCUGCAGACAGUACAGACAAGCAGGCCAUUCCUCUAAUGGAUUAUGUUCUGAAUGUGAUGAAAUUUGUUGAAGCAAUUUUGAGUAACAACUCUACAGAUGACCACUGUCGAGAAUUUGUUGGUCAGAACGGUUUACCGGAACUGAUGGACAUACUUGGAAUGCCAAAUCUACCAAUUGAGUUUCCAGCUUCCCCAGCUUGUCAAGCAGUGGCAAGUGUUUGUAAAGCCAUACUGACAUUAUUGAGAGACCCCAAAGUCCUGGAAGAAGGUUUGAAGAAGUUGAACACAGUACUUGAAGGACUUGAACCCCUACAUCAGCCCCUAGAUGGUCCCGGAGGCUCAGUCCUGCUACGUGAACUUGCCAGUGUGGCCCACAUUCCAGAUGCCACACUGUCCCCCACUGCCACUCCGCUUCUACAUGCUCUGUCGUCUGCACAUGCUUACAUCACCAUGUUUGUACAUGUCUGUAAAAUGGGACAGACUGACAUCAGGACAAUAUCUGUUAAUCAUUGGGGCUCAGAACUUGGCUUGAAGGUUCUCUCAGGACUCAGCAAGUUAUAUACGUCAUUAGUCUGGGAGAGCACCGUGCUGCUGGCCCUGUGUAGUGAGGACAUCUUGCCUGCCAACAGUGAGUUUGGACGUGCAGAUAUGAGCAAGCUCUUGCCAAAAGACUUCAAAGCUGAUGCAGAUAGUAAAGAUGAAGAGACUGCCAUGUCUCGAGCCUCAGUUAGUCCUGGAAGUAACGGUGUAAGUCAAGCCAUGGAGUCUUUGUCAACCUCGGACACUCCCAUCACCAUGGAUACAGAAGAAACAACACCUAGUGACAAGGACAGCAAGAAGUCCAAAUUGUCUCCUGCCUUACAGGCCCAGGUGAAACAGCUAAAACCAUUGCUGACUGUGUCCUCAAGAUUGGGCCGAGCCCUGGCUGAACUGUUUGGACUCCUUGUAAAGCUAUCUGUUGGAGGUAGACUGAGACAGCGUGGGAACCAGUUGCCACCCACCAUGCCCAUAGUCCCAAGCCCCGCAGCCCAGUCAGUGGCAAAGGCACUAACAAAACUGCUCACUGAUGGCUUGAAAUGGGAACCACCUGCCUAUUCCCCACAUCCAAAACUGAGGCUAACUUUCCUGGUAUGUUCUGUUGGCUUUACUUCCCCAAUGUUAUUUGAUGACAAGAAACAGCCAUACCAUCUGAUGUUACAGAAGUUCUUGUCUUGUGGCGGACAGGAUGCUCUGUUCCAAGCAUUCAACUGGGCUCUCUCGACCAAUGGACAGGUUUCACUAAAUGAAGGAUUGGAAAACCCAGAUUUACCAGUUGGUACAGGAGAGUUCCUGGACGCGUGGCUCAUGCUAAUUGAGAAGAUGGUGAACCCCAAGACUGUGCUUGAGUCGACACAUCAACUCCCUGCCAAGUCUAGUCAGCCAGGAUUUAUACCAUUUGAUCCAAUACAAUAUCUCAUAGGAAUUCAAAAGGCUGCAUUUAAUGCUGUGAUGAACCUGUGGAACAAGAAGCCAUUGAAGAUGUAUGGAGGAAGAAUGUCCGAGUCGAUUCUUGCAAUUAUGUGCCAUAUCAUUAAAGCUGAAGCUGUGAUAACUGAACAUAUGGCUAAAGUGAAGCCAGCAAGCAGUGAUGGGGCUACUGCCAGUACAUCAGGCACCAGUGCUACAGGGCUGGGUACCGGUAUUGUAGGUCAGCCUGUACCAGCAACAGGAACUUCAUCAGCUACAGCGGCAGCAUCAAGACCUGUAAAUGAUGCACAUGUUGAUGCAUUGAUGGAAAUGGGGUUCAGUAGGAACCGAUGUAUUGAUGCCUUGUGGCACACGCAGACAUUAGAGGAGGCGACAGAGUACCUGCUUACAUCUGAUAGUGCCGGCAGGUUCUCUCCACCACCAGUAGCGAAUUUAACAGGCAUUGAUAUGAAUGAGGAUGAACAGAUGUUGCAGGCCAUAGCUCUUUCUCUGAGACAGGAUACUGAGGGAGAUGGUAAGGUAGAGGAGGAAGGUAAGAAGAAGGAAGAGGAAGAAAAACAAGAUUCUCAGGAACCCCUUGACAAAUCUGUACUAGAUAAUUUCACAGGAAACCUUUUCCCAGGAUGUCUUACCUUGCUGGAUACCUUGCCUGAGACUGUGUACAGAGUUUGUGAGUUACUGAUAGUUGUCACACAAAGGAAUGGCCAAGAGUGGCAGAAUAUGGUGCUCAAUACUCUAGUCGAAGAGGUGAAGACAUUAGCUAAGAGUAUAUUGUCCCUGUCUAGUCCAUCAGACUUCAGUAACAAGAUGGCAGAGACUGAAGCAGCCAAAUUUGCAGUUAGGAUCCAUCUGUUUAGUCUGCUCUUUGAGGAGACAAUGAUGCCAUGUGCUGAGGCUGUUGAGAAUAACAACCUAACAGAUCUACUGGUACAGGUGAUGAUGGCAGGAAAAGAUUACCUCAUGGCUGUGAAAAGUGUUAGCACACCAAAAUGGCUCGCACCGUUGUUACUGCUACUGGAUCUGUAUGAGAAAGUUUCUGUUAUCUCCAAGAGGAAAGCUGAGGCGGAAAAAACACUGGUUGAUUGUCACACAUGGAAGUGGUUUGAUGAUACAAGUGGUCGAUGGUGUAAAUAUAGUGCAGGCAAUAACAAGACGAUUGAUGAUGCCUACCAGGCUGGGGAGAGUAGUGUUAAGUUUACAGCAGGCAGGCGUCGUUAUACUGUGUACUUCAGUUCAAUGGUCCAGGUUAAUGAGGACACUGCUAACAGACGUCCAAUCAUGUUGACUUGUCCCUCACCGACGGAAGUGAAGCAGUCAAAUGAGAGGAAAGAGGAGAAUACAACAGAGAAUCAGACUGCAGAGAGCAAGAUGGAUACAGAUUCAGAAACACCGUCAACCAGUGCUCAGAAAAAAGAUGCAGUGGUUGUGAAUGGCCUUUCUUCUAAACAAAUUUCAAAUAUCAUUAGUUCUAUAGUGAGUAUGAUAGGAGUUCCUGUGGAAGCAGAGACGUUACAUGCAGCAUUACGACUUAUCUUACGGCUAACCAGGGAACACAAAUAUGCGCUACAGUUUGCCGAGCUGGGCGGGCCAAAACUACUGCUUGGUCUCACACAAGCGUCGGCUUUCCAGGGAUUUUUGUCUCUCGUUACACUGAUAUUUAGACAUAUACUGGAAGAACCUUCUUCACUCAGAUACUGUAUGGAAAAGGUGAUAAAAAGUACCUGUUCAGGGGCUGGUUCUAGUCUUAGUGGUGUCUCGCAGAGGAGUGUUGGGGCCAAAGAAAUGCAUUAUGUGUUACGGGUGUUGGGACCAGCUGCCUGUAGAAACUCAGCACUCUUUUCGGAACUAGCUCGACAAUGUAUGAGAAUAGCUCUGCCACCACCAUCAAAAAGAGAUGAGGAUGAGAGUAGAUUCACGGGUCCAAAUGCACCACAGAUUCUGAAAUGUGUGUCCAGUGACCAGCUAGCUACAACAACUAUAGAAUCUCCAAUGAAAGAUGUGAUAGAAAGCCUCCUCGAUGCUUUAAUAGUCAAAUAUCCCUGGAACACUGAAGAUGGUAAAUCUAGUGAUACUGGAGGAAAGAACACGCAGAGCUUAGCGGAGGUGAUUGCCGAGGUUGUAAAUGAGUUGUCUGAUAGACAAUCUGAGAUAACACGGCAGAACAGCACAGCAGAGAUGUUACACACGGAAGAUGAUGCCCAGACUGCUGGUGAAGGUGCAGCUGAAUCGGCCAAGACCAAAGAUGGCAGUUCUGCUGAAGAGAAACAAGCACAGCGCCCCCUGUUGACAAAGUCGUCGAUUCUGCGGAUGUUGUCAGAGAUCAUAAAAUCAUACUGUAAUUGCACUCAACAUAUUACUCAGCACAUGUACCACUCUGGGCAGACAGAAUUGGUGCAAGAGGAUAGUACAGUGUUAGGAUUUGUGUUGGAUCAUCUCUUACAUCCUACUGGUAAUGCUGGUGAUGCAGACUGUCCUGCUCUCAGUCGAGUGUUCAUCGCUAGUAUAGCCUCUUGUAAUCACAGUCCCGAAGCUCAGCUCACUCUCGUUAGUGAAGUUAAAUCAGCAUUACAGCGAGCUCUCACACUGCCGGAGAGCUCCGAUAAACAUUCCAGGGUUCAAGCCUUGACCGGCAUAAUUAGCACGAUGAUUGAGUCGUGCCCAACACAAGGACAAAUACCCAAUCAAGUGUUCAAAGGUCAACAAAAUAUCAUGAAUAGCAUUGUGAGAAACUUGCUGAAACGUGGAUUAGUGACAGAUUUAGCGCGUAUUCCAUAUAGUUUAGAUUUAUCUAGUCCUUACAUGGCAGCAACUAUUAAUGCUGCACUAAAACCGCUGGAGACUUUAACUCGUAGUGUUAAUAUGAAUAGUCAAAAUGUGUCAGCCAAACAGAAACUGAAAUCUGUUACAGAUACCGCAGAUAAUCCAGAAGUCAACACAACAACGCCAAAUACUCAAGAAGUUGCCGAAGCCACAUCAGCAGAGACAGGUGAUACUAGUGAGGUACAGAUUGAGGAGGUUCUCAACACGCAGGCCGAGGAUCUGGAAGAGACGCAUCAGGAUAGUGUCAUAGAACCAGCCGGAAAUGAACCAUCGGAGCUGGAUGAUGUGUUAGAUGAUCUGUUAGAAAGAGAUCGAAAUGCUAAUCCAGAGUCCCAGGUCAUGGGAGAAAUUAUUAUGGAUACUGACCAGAAUCAGGAGCCUGAUGUGUUGGUAGAUGUUGAUAUAGAGGAGGGAGAGAUUGACGAUCACCAUGACUCUCAAAUGAUCAGUCAGAUCUUGUCCGAAGCUGACCUGGACAUUAAUGAUACAACUAAUAUGGCAGACCAUAUUGAUGAUGCAGAGGAGACUGCAGAUAGUGCCUCGGACCCUGAUGAUGAUGAUAAUGAUGGAGAUGAUGAUGACGACGAUGAGGAUGAAGAUGAUGAUGACGAUCAUGAUGACGAUGAUAAUGAAGAUGAAGAUGAUGAGGGAUCUGAUAUGGAGGCUGAUAAUUUUGAUUUCCAGCCAGAAAGUGCUUCUUUUGGUCGACCAUUCAACGAUCAUUUUGUCAUUCAUGCUGACGAAAUGUUUGGAGGUUCCAAUCCACAGCAUGUAGUGUUCAACGCUCUAGAUAACGGACAUGUCCGCACCUACCAAAUGCCUUUGUCUCUCCAUGAUAAUGAUAAUAAUGGCAACGAAACUGCAGCUCCCAGUUUACCUCCCGCUCCCAGUAAUGUGACAAGUAUACAUCCGCUGUUGGUAAGACAAUCUGAGGCGGACUCGACACGGUUGCAGCGGUUACAGCGACGACAGCGUGGCAUGUGUAGAUAUAACCCUCUCUCUCAGACAUUGCACGUAAACUUCCCACGUCCGCCAAAUCCACCUGUUAUAUUACAGAGGUUGCUGGGCCCGCAAACAGCAGCAGAUGUACUACAGCUUACAAACAGUAUGAACACGACUGCUGGCCCCGCCCACACGAGGGUGGUCCUCUCUAACAAUGAUCUGAGAAUCAUCUCAAGACAGGAGGAAGAUAUCCUGGAGGAAUUGUUCCAGGACUCAUACCCACCAGACUCUGGAGGAGGUAUGGGUGUUGGUACCCUGUCAAGCGUGCCAAAUACACUGACCAGAUGGACAGAGGAGGCCAAAGUCCUGGAUGGUGAUAGUAUACAUGACUGCAUGGCUGCCAUUAAACCAGAAAUUAUUGAGGUUUUGGAGAAGAAGCGUGAUGAAGAGUUGGGUGAAAGGAGAGAGAAAAGAAAGAAAGCAGCAGAGGAAGAAGCUGCCAAGAAAGCCGAGGAACAAGCAAAGAAAAAUACUGAACAGAAAAUGGAUGUAUCACCAGCAACUACAAGCAUCCAGGCGCCAGUAAGUACAGGUGUACUUGAUGUCAGUAACAUUCCUCUACCUGGCGAGGUUACGUCCGUAUCUACUGGUACAACAGCCACCAGUUCCCAGUCGGGACAAAUCAGUGCAUCAGAGGCUGCAGCAGCAGCGGAAGUGAUAGCUGAGCAGAUGGUAGAAGAAGCAUUGGCUGUUAGUACAGCUGUAACUACAACAAAUGUUCCAACAGGUUUCCAGGCGAUGCCGCCACUGUCUACACCACUCAACUCCUCCACACCAGAUGUUGUAGCAACCAAUCAGACUAACUUGCUGCAGAGAUUUGGAAAUCAGCAGAAUGUUCAGUCAACACCUAUGCCAGUACCACAGCCAACAGCUCUUCAGUUUACAACCACUCCGAUGUCAGUUCCCCCUCCAUCUGUAGCCAGUAUAUUUGCCCCACCAACAAUGCCUGUUCCUAGUCCAUCAUUUCCAGAGCAAGUUCCACUUUCUGCAAGCACACCUCUUCCAAUCUCAGUGGGACUAACACCAUCAUCGAAUGCUGCGACUCGGAUGCAGGACCCAUUUGCUAACCUGGCUAUGCCACAGCUGACCCCACUGAUGCCAUCAGGGCUGGGAGCACCAAUAUCUACAAGUGGAUCAUUCAGUAAUGUACCUACAGCCGCCUUGUAUACCCCAGCCAAUCAGAAUAUACCUCUGGUUACACCUAUGGCCCCUCGAUUGGAUAGGUUUGGUACAGGCCAGCAAGCAACUGGAAACAAUCUAACAGAUAUAUUCCAGUCAUACCUUCGUAGUUCAGUGUUUCCCCAGACACCACUGACGACGAGUGAGGGAGGGACAGGAUCCUCCAAUCUCCCAAUGAGUCACCUAGCAUCUUUGUUGCUUACUGCUGAUGCUGAUGAGACACCAGAAGCUGGUAGUGGCCCACGUUCCGCGGCCACUGGUGGAGCGCCACCUAGGGCAGACAUAGAGUCAGGGGUGAUCACUCCCGAGGAGAUAUCUAACAUUACAAGUUCUGAUGCUGCUACUGUUCAUUCCUCUGCUUCAGGGAGCCCACAGGAGAUCACUGCUGAUCGUUUAUUGGCCAAUCUAACCUCCAUCACAGAUGGCGCAACACCUGUGUCUACAGUAGCAAGCAGUCAGCCUUCCCAGGCAGUUCCUCAGAGUAGUCAGGCAGUGGCAGGUUCAAGUGGUGGAGAGGCUACAACUAGUGGUGGCGUUCCCGAAGGUUUAGAUCCAUCUUUCCUGGCCGCUCUACCAGAGAACAUACGAGCUGAGGUGAUAGCUGACCACCUGAGGAUGCAGCGUAUACAGGCUCGAACCCGAGAACAACAACAGAACCAGACCCCUGGUGGCAUGGAGGUGAACCCGGAGUUCCUAGCUGCCUUACCACCUAACAUACAGGAAGAGGUGCUGGCCCAACAACGUAUAGAACAAGAGCGUCUGGCUGCCCAGACUAAUCCUCCAGCCAACCCAGAGACACCCGUUGACCCAGCUAGUUUUUUCGCUACUUUACCAUCUACUCUGCGCCAGUCUGUCCUGGCCGACAUGGAUGACAGCAUGAUGGCUGUGCUGCCUGCAGACCUGGCUGCCGAAGCUCAAACAUUGAGGAGAGAGUUGGAGGACAGACAUCGCAGAAUCAUGCAGGAGAGGCUGUUUACCCAACCUGGAUCGGGUGGUUCUCUUUCUUCUAUACUGAGACAUGCAGGUACAAUAAGAUGUACCCUUGGGCGUGGGCCUAGAUCUGGCCAAAAUUGGAUAUUCGGAGAUCGAGGCGGGAGAGACAAUAUGGCAUUCGCAAAUACACUGAAACUGCGGGGACGCCACCUGCUGGAUCAUGAGGCUUUAACUUGUCUUCUCGUCUUGCUGUUUGUUGAUGAGCCCAAAUUAAAUACAGGCAGACUGCAUCGUGUAUUAAGGAAUCUGUGUUAUCAUGGACCCACACGUAUUUGGGUACUUAGAGCAAUGUUAUCAAUAUUAACUAGAACUGCUGAAAGCCGAGUUGAUAUUGAAGAAAGAAUGAGAACUCCAGAGAAAGGAAAAGGAAAAAAGUCUCAGUCACAAAGUCCCAUGCUGACGGAGGGACCAGGCAGUAGUAAGAUGGAGUCAAGAAGUCAGGGUCCAUGGUUAUCCAUCAGUCUGGAGGCAGCUCUAGGCUGCAGGGCUAAUGUCUUCCAGAUACACAGAGCCUUGGGUAAGAAACACUCGUCUAGUGGAAAUACUUUGGUGACAAUCCAUCCGCAGGCGGCUCCUAUAGUGUGCCGUCACGUGCUUGAUGCUUUGAUCUCGCUAGCUAAAAUGUUUCCUAAUCAGUUUUUACCCUCUAAGGCAAAGGAAGUGCAAAAAUGUGAUAAUGAUAAAGAAAAAGAAAGUGAUAAAACAAAGACUUCUGUGACUACAGGGACCGGUGCCACACCCAAAGUAAAAACUAUAGAAAAGCAAGAUUCUAAGUCAGAAAAUCGUGACACCGACUUCUGGGAAUUACUAGUGAAAUUAGAUUCUUUAUGUAGCAGUAAGAAAGGAAAAGGUAUUCAACGAACUCAUAGCAAUGUAAAUAGUGACCAAGAUCCCGGAUUUAAAGACUUUGAUAGCUCUCCGCUGGGUCAGUUGAUGUCAAUGUUGUCUCAUCCUGUGAUAAAGCGUAGUCAGCUUCUAACAGACCGCCUUUUGCGGCUUCUUGGUCUAGUUUCCGGCGGUCUGUCCGAGAAUGAGCGGAGCACCGGAGCUGGUACCAGCAGUCAGUCUCGUGCCAUUGAGGUGAUGCCUUCAAUCAUCACACGUCAAGAAAAUACAGCAGCUGUGGUUCCCCCACAGCCCACAUCUCAGGCACCAGGUACAGCUGCAAGUACCGAUACUGCCAGUGGUACUGGGACGGAGUCCACACCAUCUGCUGAUAGCAAAGACAAGGAGAAAUCUGAACAACCUGUCGAACAAAAGAAAGAACCCGAGAAGCCAGUAGAAGAGAGUGCCAUUCUGGAGAGUCAGUUAAGUAUGGCAGUACAGGUGCUCACUUCCAAGUCAUGCUCCGAAGAAGGUCUUGAAGAUGCUACAAACCUACUGCUCCAAUUGUCUUUCGCAAAUACCCCGACCCGACAAUCAGUUCUCAAACUUCUGCUCGCUGGUGCACGUGAACUGGGCCUUACAGUGUGCUCUCAUAUCAGGAUAUUGCUAGAUGACCUGCAUAGUUUGAACCAGAAGUUGAGUCCGGAUGGUGAACCGGAUGAAGGCAAAGAGAUGGAGACUUCAACAACAUCUACUGGUAGAGGAGUCCUGCAUGAUAGGUAUACUGGUCAAGCAGUGGUGGUCACGGCGCCUAAGAAAAUGAAGAGUGGACGUGAGCUUCAGGUACCGUCCAUGACGGCAUUGACGAGCAAGUCUUCUAGUCAACAUUUCUUCUUGAGGAUACUAAAGGUGAUCAUCCAGCUACGAGAUGCUGCUAGAACUGCCAACAAGAAGAAGUUAGGAACAGGUACUGGAUCGUCAAAUCGUGACUUCCGUCACCUCGGAGAGGCAAUGGCGCUGUUAGAGGCCGAGGCUGAUGCUAUUAUGCAGUUUGUGAACAAUCGUAGAGAAGGAACAGCUGCCCCUGCACCAGCUGUUGAGAUAAAUAUACGAGACACAGACAACAAUACUCCUGACACGCCACAUGUUCCGCCUCCUGUUCACGGUUCAGUUGGCCUGGCAUCACAACAAGGAACUUCCCAGGAGGGGGAGGUAGUUGCACAGGGUGCGCCAACAACAGCUGAAGCUUCUGGUGGUGAACAAACAGGUGAAACUCCAAUGGAAACUGAUAAACCAGGAACAUCAACUGAGAUGGAGGCACCAAAGGCAGAAGUACAGUUGCCGAGACUGAGUGAGCAGAUUGACCUUGAAGAGUUGUGGUUCACAUUGGGAGAGUGUUUGACAGAACUGGAUAAAACACCAGAUCAUCAUGCUGUACUAAUACUACAACCUGCUGUCGAGGCUUUCUUCCUUGUCCACGCUGGUGAGAAAGAGAACAAAGUGAAAGACAACAAGCCUGUGAAAAGAGAAGAUCAACUAGCACAUCUGAACAUGGACAUGCCUCCCUCACCACAGCCAGCACCCUCAUCUGAUGUUCCGCCUCUAAACAGAGAGAACUCGCUUCAGACCUCCGUGUCUAAUCUACCUCCUGAUACACAAAAAUUCCUAAAGUUCGCUGAAACCCAUCGUACAGUCUUAAACCAAAUCCUGCGCCAGUCAACAACUCCGCUGGCUGAUGGUCCAUUUUCAGUGUUGGUAGAUCAUACACGUAUUCUUGACUUUGAUGUGAAGCGACGUUAUUUCCGUCAAGAGCUUGAGAGGUUAGACGAGGGGAUACGAAGAGAAGACCUAGCAGUGCAUGUGCGUAGAGAACAUGUAUUUGAGGACUCGUUCAGGGAAUUGUUUAGAAAAACAGCUGAUGAAUGGAAGCACAGAUUUUAUAUUGUUUUUGAAGGAGAGGAUGGUCAGGAUGCUGGUGGUUUGUUACGAGAGUGGUACAUCAUCAUCGCACGAGAAAUCUUCAAUCCCAUGUAUGCCUUGUUCUGUACAUCUCCCGGAGACAGGGUCACCUACACCAUCAAUGCCUCAUCACAUUGUAACAGCAACCAUCUCAGUUACUUCAAGUUUGUUGGUCGCAUUAUUGCCAAGGCUAUCUACGACAACAAGCUGAUGGAAUGCUACUUCACGAGAUCUUUCUACAAACAUAUAAUUGGUGCAGCUGUUAAGUAUGUAGACAUGGAGACAGAGGACUACUCGUUCUACCAGGGUCUGGUCUUCCUGCUGGAAAACAAUGUCAAAGAUCUAGGAUAUGACCUCACAUUUAGUACAGAGAUCAUGGAGUUUGGUAUCAACCAGGUGCGUGAUUUGAUACCAAAUGGCCGUAACAUCAAUGUAACAGAGGAGACAAAGUAUGAAUACGUGAAACACGUAUGUCAGAUGAAGAUGACGGGUGCAAUUAGACAACAGCUGAGUGCAUUCCUCGAGGGUUUUUACGAUAUCGUACCAAAGAAGUUAAUAGCUAUAUUCAAUGAACAGGAAUUGGAACUAUUACUGUCGGGUCUGCCAACAAUUGAUAUAGAGGAUCUGAAAGCUAACUCUGAAUAUCACAAAUAUCAGUCCACUUCACUACAGAUUCAGUGGUUCUGGCGAGCUCUGAGAUCGUUUGAUCAAGCUGAUCGUGCAAGGUUCCUCCAGUUUGUGACUGGAACGUCCAAGGUACCGCUUCAAGGGUUUGCUCACCUUGAAGGUAUGAAUGGCACACAGAAAUUCCAGAUCCAUAGAGACGAUAGAUCCACGGACAGGUUGCCUGCUGCACAUACUUGUUUCAACCAGCUUGAUCUGCCUGCUUAUGAAACGUACGACAAACUUCGACACAUGUUACUGUUAGCCAUAAACGAGUGUUCCGAGGGCUUUGGUCUGGCAUAAACCAUGUCACAAAGUGAUUGUCCCAACUGUUACACUAGAAACAGCUACAGCACUAGAAACAGCUACAGACUAUAGGACUCUGUAGUUUUAGGCAUUUCAUCUUCUCAAAUUGGCACAGCCAAGUAAUAAGAAAAACAUUGAUGCACUGAAUUUGUGAUCUUUCAGUAUCUUGUUGUUUUUUUUCAUGGCUUUUUCAUAUCAUUUGUGUUGACGUAGUGAGAUAUUCUUGCGAACUGUUCUAAAGUUUACUGUAAGGAAAUGCACUGUACCCGUGUUGUAUAAUGAAGUUUAUUGUGAUAACGCUACAAAUCUGUGAAAUUUUAUCUAUGCUUUCCUUCUGCGAUUGCGAAGUUUAAAAUGAAUGGAAUUUUUCAAGAUUAAAUGAGCAUUUAUUUUACAUGUAUAUAUACAUAUAUAUGAUGAAAUAAGCAAGUGUUGAUGUUUUGUAUAUAUUUUGAGAUUUAGAAAUAACUAAUUUUGAAUAUUUUUGGGCUGCUCCGUUGCAGAUAUUCUGAAAAUGAGUUCUAUGUUGUAACUGAUGUCAAAGACGUCAAAAUCUGCUGAAAAUGAAAGAAUGGGUUGAAGGACGGAGAAAGUAAAAGGGAGAUAAUUUCAGUAAAUUUGAAGUCCUUUAAUGCAUUUAUGUAUGUGCAAAAGACUACUGAAUGGUUUUACGGAAUAAAACUUAAGUUAUUGUCCUGUUGCAAUGAUAUAAAUAUCUUUUUGUAUAUUGUUAUGAUUUAUUAUUUCAUUUUUCUGAACAAUAUUGUUUUUUGAUGUUAUAAAAGUGCUUGUGUAUUGUUUUGUACAAUUAUUAAAAUUUAGAAACAAGUACUCACAUAUUGGCUAUACUGUCAGUAUUUCCUUGAUAUGUUUUGUGCAGAGUUUGUCUUGAGCUGUUUAUUGUUAAUUUUCCUGUUAAAAGCUUUAUAUUACAGCUUUAUUCAGUGCAGGUGAAUGGCAGUUUAAAUGGCUGUUUUUAUAUCUUAUUCGAUUCUCUUCUAAAAAAAAAAAUUUAAAAAAUGUAAAAUUUUGUAACAAAUGUUCAGGCUUUGUUCCAUUACUUUUGGCUUUCUUGUGUUCUGGAACUUGCAGUUUACUGUCAACCGCCUGCUUAGUUUCAAUGGCUGACAAUUUAGCUUCACAAUUUGAAUGUUCAUUAUAUUCUUCCAUCAGAGUAGCGUCAUGUAGAUCCAGGUCAUUUUCUUCCUAAACUGCUUUAAAAACUGGAUCUUUUUCCAUUCACGAGAAGUGAAUAAUCAUGGAAAUAAAAAUUGUACCCCCCGACAACAAAGUUGUAAGGGGGGGUAUACUGGUUUCAGGUUGUCUGUCUGUCCGUAGACACAAUCUUGUGCGCACCAUCUCUCCUUAUCCCCUUGACAGAAUUUAAUGAAACUUCGCACAAGUGAUCAGUACCAACAGUAGUUGUGCAUGGGGCAUGUUAGGUUCUUUUAGAAAAAAAAUUUGCAGAGUUAUGGGACUUUGUUUUUUUGUUACUAUACUAUAUACAUAGACACAGUCUUGUGCGCACCAUCUCUCCUCAUCCCCUUGACACAAUUUAAUGAAACUUCGCACAAGUGAUCAGUACCAACAGUAGUUGUGCAUGGGGCAUGUUAGGUUCUUUUAGAAAAAAAAUUUGCAGAGUUAUGGGACUUUGUUUUUUUGUUACUAUACUUUAUACAUGUACAUAGACACAAUCUUGUGCGCACCAUCUCUCCUCAUCCCCUUGACACAAUUUAAUGAAACUUCACACAAGUGAUCAGUAACAACAGUAGUUGUGCAUGGGGCAUGUUAGGUUCUUUCAGAAAAAAAAUUUGCAGAGCUAUGGGACUUUGUUUUUUUUUUUUUUUUGUUACUUUACUAUAUACAUAGACACAAUCUUGUGCGCACCAUCUCUCCUCAUCCCCUUAACACAAUUUAAUGAAACUUCACACAAGUGAUCAGUAACAACAGUAGUUGUGCAUGGGGCAUGUUAGGUUCUUUCAGCGACAAAAAUUGCAGAGUUAUGGGACUUUGUUUCUUGUUAACAUACUAUGUACAUACAGUCUGCAUAUGCAAUCUUGUGCGUGUCUAAUCUACCAAACCCUUACACGCAAUUUAAUGAAACUUCACACAAGUGAUCAGUACCAACCCUAGUUGUGCAUGGUGCAUGUUACAUUCUUUUAGAUAAAUAUUCUGCAUAGUUAUGGGACUUUGUUUUUUGUUACUAUACUGUAUACAUACAGUCUAUAUACUUACAGUCCACAUAAUUAUGCAAUCUUGUGUGCGUCAAAUUGCAAUGUACUGUGUCAGUGCAUGCGGGGGGUACAUUCAUCACCUUUAGUGAUAGCUCUAGUUACCACAGAUCUUCUUUGAACAGACCUUUAAUUGACUGUUGCAUGUAUUAGGAAUUCUAUUACCCUAAAUUUCACUGGACCUGAUUUGAGGAGUUACAGUCAGAAGGUCAUAAGUGCAUAUAAAAUAAGAAGGCACUUGCCGCCGCCUGGCGUUAAUCCGUUGAAUUGUUGUCCAUAUGGCAUGUUCUAGUUUAGCAGGUCAUAUUUACUUGAAAUUAGAAGACACAAAAUUGAACUAGGAAUGACUUUUAUCACAAUAUGAGUCUACUUACUUUUAUGUUCAUAUAUCAACACAGGUUGACAAAAUUUAGGGGUUUUUGUGUCUUAUUUCAAUCUGUACGUAGAUAUAUAUAACUGUGCAAUCUUUCUUUUGUAUUUUAAAUACAUGGCAAAAGUGUUUUCCCGAGUAUUAUUCCAUUUGUGCUGUAAUUACAUUUUUUCCAAAUCUGUAAAUCUUACACUUAUUAAGAAUUUUGGUGCAAACAUGUAAAAUGGUAUUCGUUUUUUGUUAUCUUUAGAAAUGGACACUUUUGCUGUUGUGAACUCUUUAAGUUUUCACUCACAUAGAUGAUAAUACAGUUUGAAUUGGAAAAAAUAGCAACAUUGUAUUGAUACAGAUUUGCCGUUUUUGUACAUUAUGAUUUACAAAAAUUGUUUGUUAAAAUUCUGCAUUCACAGUGCUGAACACAAUUGUGCUGUAUAUGUAUUUAUCCUUCAUAUUGUAAAUAAAUCAUGUUUGACAAGCACAA